CAGACUCAGUGAAUGAACAGACAAGUCAGUGGAAGGACAUGCGUGCGAGUUGCUCCUGAUAUUGUGUUUCCGUCUAGUGCUUGUAUUUUUCUUCUUAGAUAAAAAAUAAGAAAUUCUACCUUCAAGAUGGUGCAGAGCUACCAGUCUCCCGUCAGGGUAUACAAAUACCCCUUUGAACUCGUGAUGGAGGCGUACGUCCGUCGGUUCCCGAAAUGCGACAUGAUCCCCAUCAUGGCGGGGACGGACAUCAUCAAAGAGACGACGUCGAAGGACGGCGCCAUCACCCAAGUGUCCAGAAAGUGUAGACUCCACGUGGAGGCUCCUUACCUCCUGAAGAAGAUCAUGGGCGUAGAGUUCAUCUACUUCGUUCAAACCAACACCUUGGACAGAAGAAAUCGCACACUCACAAUUGAAGCCUACAAUGAAAGCUUCUCCUCUAGAGUUGUUAUUAACGAAAAUUGUAAAUAUUCUGUCCAUCCAGAGAACAGUGACUGGACCUGUUUUGAACAGACAGCAGCCCUUGAUAUCAGGAGCUUUUUUGGGUUCGAAAGCACUGUCGAGAAGAUCGCCAUGAAGCAAUACUCGCAAAACAUAUCAAAAGGCAAAGAAAUCAUUGAAUAUUUCAUUGAGGAACUUCGAAAAGAAGGCAUUACUUCAGUUCCAAGAUGGCAGGAGCCCUCCCCAAAAGCCAUACCAGAGGUGUGUGUUACCAAAGAAAGCAAGAAACUCGAGAAUGAGGCUGAAAGCAGCUCCGAAGAGAUUGAAAUCAGGGACCGGACCAGUAGUACUCCAUCCACUGGGUCGACAGAGCUUCAACUUGGAGCUUCAGCCACCCACCUUCCUAAUAUUGACAAACUCAACCUUAAUGACGAUGACGCUUUCAUGUCCAAUGCUGAGUACGUUCAGUGGUGUCUGGGUAACCGGUCCCCAGAAGUUAUGGAUAAUAAGCUGACAGAUCGGGACAAUAACAAAUUGGAUGCAGACUACAUCAAACGUUGCCUUGGGGAUCUCACCCCCUUGCAAGAAUCACGGUUGAUUCAGUUGAAGAAGUGGGUUGCUGAGUUACAGAAGGGAAAAGUUCCAAGUGACACUUGUCUGCUACGAUUCUUACGUGCACGGGAUUUCAACAUUGAAAAGGCCCGUGAGAUGUUAAGUCAUUCACUCAUUUGGCGAAAGAAAAAUCAAAUUGAUAAGUUGAUGGCUGAAUAUGAAGAACCACAGGUAGUAAAGGAUUACUUCCCUGGAGGUUGGCAUCAUCAAGACAAAGAGGGUAGACCUUUAUACCUUCUGCGACUGGGACAAAUGGAUGUCAAAGGUCUUGUCAAAUCUAUUGGAGAAGAAGGUCUCCUGAAGCAUACGUUACAUAUAUGCGAGGAGGGUCUUCGUCUUACUGAAGAAGCUACCAGUAGUCAGGGAAGGCCUAUAACUACUUGGACAUUAUUAGUUGAUCUCGAAGGACUCAAUAUGCGUCAUUUAUGGAGGCCUGGCAUUAGAACCUUACUAAAAAUAAUCGAGAUUGUAGAGGCGAACUAUCCUGAGACAAUGAGUUGCGUCUUGAUAAUUCGAGCACCCAGAGUCUUCCCUAUUCUUUGGACUCUUGUAUCUACUUUCAUCGAUGAUAAUACAAGAUCUAAGUUUUUGUUUUAUGGAGGAAAUGAUUAUCAAGGGACUGGUGGUCUGAUUGACUUUAUGCCUAAGGAGAACAUUCCAGAUUUUCUAGGAGGAGAAUGUAAGCGAGGCACUCUUUCUCGCUUUGGCCCAGUACCAGAGUCCAUGUACACAGUCAUGCACCCAGAUGAACUGGAGCUUAGAUCAAGUGUCAUAACGAUUACGGGCAUGAGCAUUGUUCAUGAAGGUGGUUUGGUACCCAAGAGUAUGUAUCAGCCAGGAGAAGACAUUGAUGGGACAAGGCAACACAUCCCUCUUUCUGAGCAAUCCAUGUACCAUUCUGUCUCAUUAGGACGUGGGCAGGUACAUGAAGUAGUUCUCCUCAUAGAAGAGCCAGGUUCUGUCAUCUGUUGGGACUUUGAUGUUAUGAAGAGUGAUGUACUAUUCUCAGUUUUACGUACAAAGGUCCCCAUUACACAUCGUCCUGAGCCACAGUCUCCAACUGGUGCAAUGGGUGUUAUUGAUGCUGUCAUGGGCAGUGACGAUCAACACCGCUCAGUUAUAGAGAAAUCUUGGCGUGAGGGAUACGAGUACUUCAGAGUUGAGCCUCAGCUUGUUUGCCAUGAUGGUGAAAGUAUACAGUAUGAGAAGGAUGGUCAAGAGAGCCGCCGUUUCGAUCAGCAGCCUGUUUAUCGUGAAGGAGAGAGCAUACAGGGCUCUCAUGUGACGUCAUACAUGGGAACCUAUGUAUUGCAGUGGCGUUAUUAUGAAUCUGCACCUCACACCUCACCUUUAGAUAUUAUUGAUACCAUUACAGCACCAAAGGCUAAGAUCAUGUACUACUAUGAAACCCUCAAGUCUGCUGAUUACAGAGGUUCCAUGACCAGUCUACAGUCAUGCCAAAGUGGCUUCUCCUCAUUGUCCUCAAACACCAAUAAAUCGGUCACUUCUUCAUGCCCCUCCCGCUGACCUUAAGGGACCGCACGUUAGGAUUCCUGUCAAAUUUUGCUCAUUUGAUAUUUUUGUUAUUCUCUUCAUCAGAAGCAGGGAAGAUUACAUUACAGUUAUCUAUUUUUCAUUAUAUUAUAUAUCAAAUUUUGAUUGUCAAUUUAUUUACUAAGGCAAGUAUCAAGAAAAAUUGGCUUGCACAUUGUGAUUUCAUUUAUUAUUACACACUAGUAUUACAAGUUUGGUUUAUUCUAAAUUUCAAGAAUAUUUAAUUCCUGCUCCACUGCUGUUAUUGUUAUGUCACAGUUUCUGAUGAAGGAAGUCCACACGUGUGGUGAGCUGCUUUUAAAUGGAUAACAAGGAGACAAACCUCCUACAAAGUGUUUUUCAUAAUCAUUGGUGACUGUGCAGGCCAUGGUCUUCAGAACUUUGUUUAUCUGAAGGUUAAAUGUAUAUUUGACCUACUCAGAUGCUGAAUGUGAAUGCUAUUUCUUGAGGGGUCAAACCCUGUUGUUACAGUUCUCUUCCAGAUAAUGAUGUAUAUUAAAAAAAUUGUGGUGGAGGACUUUACCUAUCAGUACUUUUGUAUACUAUUCUAAUUUGAGCCUAUGUCUAAACAGUGAUGAUACCAACCAAACAAUUGUGGUGCUCUAUUUUAAUUAGUAAUGCAUGUGUACUGUCAAUGUUCAAAAAGGGAGGUGUCCCAAAAAAUAAUCUAUUUAUAACCUAUGUAAAAGCUAAUCAAGAUAUUAAUGAUGUUAAGAAAAAUUUUGCUGAAUUUUUAUGGGUGCCACAUUCCUAUCUUGUACACUGCUACAUAUGUGUUCAUGUUCAUUGGAGCAGGGUACUAUAUUAUUUUAAUCCAGUUACAAAGGGAGCAUUACCACAUACAGUUACAUACUGGUUUUGUCAAGUUUCAAGUAUUUUACUAUUCCCCCCAAUCAUUAUUUUCCAUAAUAAUUGUAACAGUGUUUUAGAAAAUCCCUCCUAAGUAACUCAGCAUAUCUGUAUACUGAGCAUAUUUUAUUGAGUAUGUGUAUAAUUUUGCACAUGUAGAAACAAGUAAUGAGUGACUUCAUACAUUGUAUCAGACAAGUAGAACAUGUUGUUUGCUCAAUUUAAUGGUACAAUAAAAUCGCUACAAAUAUAUGGUAGACAUGGAGAGGUAGAUUUCUAAAUCUUUAUGCUGUGGCAUCUACAGGUGACAGAAUUGUCAUGACAUUUUGAAGAUAAUGCAAACCCCAUCUCCAUUUUUAACAUAUGCAUGGGAAGUAUAUAAUAGUAAUGUUUUACAAAAUAUUUUUCAUACCUAAGAAGAUAUAAAAAAAAGCAUUGGCAAUUAGCUUAAAAAUAAGUAUUGACCUGUUUAGUAUUGUCAUAACUUCUUGUGCUAUUUAUGAACGAUAUUUUAUGAAUUUUGGGAGUCACUGUGAAAUAAUAAGAGGUUUUCUUGACCUCUUUUGGAAAUUUAUUUCAAGUAAGCCUUUGGUGGUCUUAUGGCCUAUAUAAGAUUCAAAUGUUUGUUUCCAUAAGGGUCGAUCUCCACUUGUCGAGGUUAUUUUGUGAGGAUUUUCCUCUUGUUUGUCGUGAAGUUUUUAUGAGGGUUGACCUCAGUUUGUCUUCCAUAAUGAUCAUGUAACUUGCAAUAUCCAUCAAUGGGUUGCAUGUAUACUCAUAAGCUAAUGGAGCUCAGUUAGUGGAAUAUACACAAUUUGGAUAUGCGAUUUCAGCUAUUUCAUUGUGUUGAUCUACUAUCCAGCAUUUUUAUUUAAAAGAAAUCUUACCUGUUCAUAAAAAAUGUAUUUUGAUCAAUCUUUAAGCUGUGAUUAGUAAAAGGUCCCUUGUGUAUAUACAUGUCACAAGUUUAGCUCCAUUAGUAUGAAAUGUAUUGAAUGAUAUAUUAGAUAUGGGUCGGGCACUUGUUUUGGUAGUGCCACCAUAACAGGUGGUGAUGUAGAGCUAGCGUCCAGGAAUAAAGUCAGGUUCCUCAUAGGUUUGUUCCAUAAAUGGUUUUCUAAGAGAAAAAACAAAUAAGGACACUGUGACAGAGAGAGCAUAUUUUUAGAUUAGCACAGUAUUUGUCUUUUGGCAUUGUAAAACUGACUCUAGUCUGACCAGUUCAUAAAAUAGAGCUAUCAGGUUAUGACAUUUUAAAUGUAGCCAUUACUGUUGUAAGUAAUGUAACAUAUCUGAUUAUUAAAAGAUAUUAUAUUUGUAUAAAAGACUGUUAUACAUAUUGGAUUUAAAUUUGAGUGUAAAGUUGUAUCUUUUGCUACACAAGUUUAAGUUAAUUUAAGGUUUAUAUAAGCUAAUUAUUCACAAUGAUGUGAAUUUUUCUAGUACAGGGAUGUUCAGACAAUAAGUGACCAGAUAUACGUUAUAUUCUCACACACAACAGGGCAGACCUAAUUAUUGAUUUUGCAUGAAUAUCUGUCUAUUUUGAAAAAGUUUGAUUACUUGAUACGGUACUGCAGUUUACUUCUCCAUUUUAUAUGUAGAUGAAAAUCUUAAUCCAGAUGCACAAUAGUUUAUUUCAAGUAUUAUAACUUGACUGCAUUGGUAAUAGACUUGCAAUUACUUUUGCAUCAUAUGACAAUUAGAAUUUUUAUUCUUAAUUUUAGAUAUUGUCACUUCUAAAGAAUGGAUAACCCUGUCCUAGUUAGUAUGUCAAACUUGACAUUUUUACUGGAAAGACACAGAAGUUAUUGGCAUGUAACACACUACCCAUUGAAUUUUCUAGGAAUGGAUCAACUGUAGCAGGUACCCUGCACUUGCUCUUAGCAAAUUGCUGAUUAUGUGCCAUUCACUUUUUUACUAUCUCACCAGCUCAAUGUUGUACAAGAAGGUUUUAUGAGUUUUGUGAUACUUGCAGAGUCUGAUGUAUUUCUGGGUUUGCCUACAAAUAAAGUUGGAUACACUUGUGCUCUCAGUUUUAUCAGCCUGAAUUUCUUUAAAAAUUGUAAGCAGAUCUAAGAUUAUCAUAUUUUUACCAAGGCCAGUUAUUUUAACACCAUAUUAAUAGGUCUGCAAAACUAUGUAUACUGUUCAGUGUUACAUAUCUCUAAUUUUUAAGUCAUGGGUCAGGCGUGGUUGAUCUGCACUUGUAUUCCUGGCUGAUGAACUGAUGCCCUGGUGGUAGACGUUCAUUUAUAACAAGAGUUGAAUGUUACAGAAUUAUUGAUAUCUUGGCUUCUCUUUCUAAUUUCUUUUGAAUUAGCAAAUAAUGUUUAAUCAUUGUAUUUUCUGCUGUAAAUUAAAUUAUUUUUAGUUCCUAGUACUGUGAUGAGAAUGUUUUUGCGUGUGCAUAGGACUUAUUAAUUUUUACUAUAUAUUUUAUUCUCUAUAGUGUAUAGUGUCAGCUAAAGCAUAAUCUUAUUUUGAAAUUACAAACUUCAAGACAAUUUUUUUCAUGUUAUAUAAUAUUAUGUACAGACAUUUCAAAAUUCAUCAGUAGAUGAAUGACACAAAUAUAGAUUUGAAUGUCAUAAAUACAUGAAAAGCUUGAUGUAGCUCAUUGUAGCACAAAAUGAGGAGUCACUGUCAAUUACAACUGGUAACUUUCUUACUGGGAAUAAUUUUUACAUCUUGACAAGCUGAAAGAGCAUUCAUGCCACCUCAACCUCAUUUAUCGUUUAUGACCAUAUAUUUGUAUCCCAUAUGUUCCCUGGUGCACCAGUCUGUCUCACAUUAUACAUGAAUCUCCAAUGCUGUCAGCAGUUCUGUUCAAGCCUUUUGUCAGUUUAGUUUACUAGAAUAGGUAAAAUAAUGAUCUCUGAAUUUACAGUCUCUUUCUAGUUGCCAUGCUUUUUUCUUGAAUAACUGGCAUUGUAAGGUAUAGCUAUCUGUAAGUAGUCGACUUUGAUUAGCCGAGAAUUUGACUUCUGCAGUGUUUCCUUCCUUCCAGUCUUUGGUUGCAGUAUUUUGUAGGAUUCAUUCUGUUCAAACGGGUGUUAUUUUGGUUAUUAGUUUUGCUGUCGUUAUCAUUUUGGUGAUUGGUUUUGCUGUCAACUAGGUAACUAUGUAUCACAAGUAGUUAUCUAGUUAUCUCUUUGGAAGAGGUUCUCAUACAAAUGACUUACUUAUUCCCUUUUUAUAUACUACUGUACAUUGAACCUGAGAGGUGAGUGUACUAUAUUUUAGCUUAUUUGCUUAAUUUUUGGGAUGUUUGGUAAUAAUAUUUGGUAUUUUUGGUGCUUAGCUUUGUAUUCACCAAAAGUUUCUAGAAUAUUUUUUGGCUGACAUAUUUUAAUUUUCUGUGUAACUAUAGUUUGUAACUUUUAACCUUGCGUUAAUACUUCAAAUGUUUGUUGCUGCCAAUAAUCUUACUUAAUUUUAUGUAUGAAGUGUAGUCAUACCUUGGUCAAAGAACCUAAUCCAUUCCAGCAGGCUUUUCUUUGACUGAACUGUCUUUUAACCAAGUGAAUUUUUUAUGCAAGAAAUUAUGGGAAUUCAAUUAACCUGUUCCUGACCUUGAAAGAACAUAAUUUAAGAUAAUUUAACAUGAACAAAAUACUAUCAGUAGAUUGAAUAAAUGCGAAUUUUAUCUCACUUUACCUGUAAUGGGAGAGUUGAUGGCUUAUGUGCUGGGUGCUAAUAAAGGUCAAGAGGAAUAGAGUUGUUAUUGUUUGGAAGAGAAGUCUCCUUCUAUAAGAAUGGCAGGUGACUGUGUUUCUGGGUUUGUUUCUCUUUUCUGUCAUAUACUACUUUUGCCUUGAGAUUCGGUUUCUCUCUCUCAUUAAAAUCCUGUUUUUGCCUGCAUUUUAAAUUUUCCUAAAAUAUGAGAUAGUGUGGUCACUGAGCAGGUUUGUUAUUGUUACAGCUUUGUCUUGGUGAUAUUUUUCACAGCAACUUGUAAUAUCCCUUAAUGUGAAUAAAUUUCUUUUAUUAAUGAACUAGGGACACUCCCAUUCCGCUUCCUCAGCUGUUGCUGCUCCCUCUGAAGUCUUAUUGUUCUUCUGUCGAGUUCUGCUUUGUUUUUUUAUUUCUGGUGAUAGAAAUUCAUUUCUCGAUAUGGUUUGGAUCUCACAAUAAGCUGUAGGUCCCAUUGCUAAGUAACCAGUUGGUUCCUAGCCACAUAAAAAUAUCUAAUCAUUCGGGCCAGACUUAGGAGAGCUGUUAAUCAGCUUAGUGGUCUGGUAAAACUAAGAUAAACUAAAACUUUUUUUAUACUGAUACUUUAGUAAUUGUAUUGCCUUUCCUUUCUUGAAAAACACCUACCUGGUAAAAGCUUCUUGCUUUACAGUUAGGCAAUAGACAAUACAAAUUACAAACCUAUAAGUUGUCAAAUCCCCAAAGUUCUCUAAUAAACCGUACAUGGAAAAUGCAGAUAAUUGGGUAUGAAGUAUCUUGGCCCCCCACCUAAAAUAGCAAUUCAUACAAACCCAAUGAUCAUACAGUGAAUACCCUCCCAGUUCCGUGAAACUCACUUUCUCCUAAUGCAGUUCACUCAAAAAGAAAGUUGUAGGCUUAGACAUACCUUAGGGUCCACAGGGUGCAUGCAUAGAGUGACUGUCUUCAUUCCGGCAAACAAGACUGGUAACCUGUGAACAUUAGGGAAAUGAAUAGUAGUCACAUAUACGAUUACAAGGCCUUUUUAAAAGAAAUCUUUAUGUUAUAUGAAUGUUUUUAUAGUUACUAAAUUAAAAAAAAGCUUGGGUUUUGGACAAGGCAGUUUUUUUAGACACAGCCCCAGUUAUAAUUAUUCAUAGUGAAAAACAACUGCAAAAUUAUCAUGUUAAAUGUUGAUUCAUAUUUUGUAAGUUAAAAGAUUAUCUUUAGUUGGCUGAAUAAAAGUUUUAUAAAAAGAGGAGGUCGCCAGAUCAUCAAUCAUCAGGUUAUUAUUCUUAUCUUAAAAUCUUCAACUCUAUCAGAAACCAAUACUUGCUUCAGUGGAAAUUAACUAUUUACAAUGUAUUUUGAAUAAAAAUAAUGAUAACAA